CGAUCACAGUUGAAGUUUAGAACUUGAGAAAGCAGCAACAUCUGCAGUACGUGAUAGUUAAUUUGGAUUCUGCAGCCGAUUUGGGUCAUUCUAGAUUGUUUGUUUAGUUUUAUUUUGUCAAUUUCACAACCAUGAAAUUCGUUAUCAGUUUGUUUCUGCUCGGUUGCCUCAUUGCCGUCAGCGAAGCGGGGCUAGCCAUCGAUCCCAAUGCAACUCAUCCAGAUUUCCCAGGAAAAUGUUACUGCAAAUCCCACAAAACAGUUCUUUCACCGAAGGAAACUCGAAAUGACCUUGGAGGGUGUAUGAGCCUGCACUGUUUUGAGGAUCUUUCCUUGGAAUAUGAAAGUUGCAGUCCGUACGAAAUCGAAGAUCCAAACUGUGUAGAAGUCAAGCAGGAUAUGACGAAACACUUCCCGGAAUGCUGCCGGAAGUACAAAUGUACCAUUGACGGAGUUGUUAGUUAUGUUUAGUAUAAAGUAUUAUUUAAAAGAAGGUAGAUAAAGUUGAUAUUUUUUGUAAAUUUAUCGCAAUAAAUUUCCUUGUCAAAUA